CAGUGUUUGGGAGAAAAAAACUACAGGGAACAAAGAAAUCAGAGUGUAUUUAAAGAGAAGUCGCCCCUGAUUCUGGAGCCGUGUGGUUCUCGGCACUGCACACCGCACAACGCUGCGCCAAAAACCUACCUGCGUGCCUGCUUGUGCACCUCCAUCCAGCACGGCUCCAAACGGACGGUGGGUAGUGAGGAUGCGGACUUCUCUGGUCGUAUGCUUCUGCGUGUUUGCGCUGCAGAACUUCCAGAGCUUGGUUUGUGCUCCAGUGCGCGGAGCCGGCAGGUACAACGCGGCACCGGCCUCUGAGAAGUCCCUGGACGUGAAGAAGAGAGGAAAGGUUCCUCACCCGCACGAUUUGGUGAAGGAGGCAGGUCUAUCGGCCAACACUUCGAACACAUGGAACCUACCUCGCUGUGGCGUACCAGACUUCCCCAACCAGAAGGUUGUGCAGUACCGAGAACGGCAUCGCCAGAGACGCUUCGUGGUGCAUGGAGGACGCUUCGACAAGAACGACCUCACCUACAAAAUCGUGCGCUUCCCAUGGCAGAUGGACGAGGAGCAAGUGCGCCGUGUGAUUCAGGAAGCGGUGAAGAUCUGGAGUGAUGUCACACCUCUCACUUUCACCGAGAUCCGCAGAGGGACACCCGACAUCCGGAUCGACUUUUCAAGGAUUCCUCGUUCUGAUGGAUGUCUGGAGAAGAAAAGCUACUGGCACGGAGACAACCUCCCGUUUGAUGGUCCGGGUGGGAUUCUAGCUCACGCCUUCUUCCCAAAAACACAUCGACAGGGCGACAUUCACUUUGACUAUGACGAGUCCUGGACUCUGGGGAACCACAUGGGUACAGACCUUCUGCAGGUUGCCGCCCAUGAGUUUGGCCAUGUCCUGGGCCUGCAGCACUCGCGUAAGCCAAAAUCCAUCAUGUCCGCGUAUUACUCCUUCUCUUACCCACUGAGGCUGAGUGAGGACGACAGGCAAGGGAUCCAGUACCUGUAUGGAGCUCAACCACAGGUUCUGCCCCCACCGCCAGCCCCAGCACCAAGGGCUCCGCCAACCAAAACAGAGACCAACGAGCUUAAUCCCGACGCCUGCCACACCAACUUCGAUGCCGUGUCGAUGAUCCGAGGGGAACUGUUCUUCUUUAAGUCGGGCUACGUUUGGAGGAUCAGGGAUCCUGGAGGAUCGGGCCGUCUGGAGAGCGGGUACCCGGCGCUGGCAUCCCGACACUGGAAGGGGAUCCCGAGUAAGAUCGACGCCGCUUUCGAGGACAAGUCAGGGAAUAUUUGGUUCUUUCAAGGCGAUAACUACUGGGUGUUUGAUGCCGAGAUGCCCAUCAGGGGACCUGAGUCCAUCAGGAGUCUAGGGUUAUCCGUACCCAGCAUCCAGGCCACACUUCGCUGGGGUCACGACCCUAACUACAACACCUACUUCUUCAAGUCCGGUAGCUACUGGAGGUUCAGUCCCCGUGAGAACCGGGUCGAGUCCCCCCACCCACGCAGCAUGCAGUACUGGAGCGGCAUCCCUGAGGAUGUGGAUGCUGCCUUCAGGGACCUACACGGCUUCGCCCACUUUAUCCGAGGACGUCAGUACUGGAAGUUUGAUCCUGUCGGCAUGAACUCGUUGGAAGGCUACCCUCGCUACAUCGGUGUGGAUUUCUUUGGGUGCAGGAAUGAGUGAGUCUGUAAGGAAUCACGUAUCCUGACUCCUUUCACAAUGGAAAGAAAACUGCAGACUCACGAGGACGAGAUCUUUACACCUGGUUAUGCUUCACUGCAUUUAUUGACACUCGAUCGAUUUACACCUUCUUCUCAGGAAAAAAAACCCCGUAACCUUCCCUUAGAUCUGACACUUCCUGUGCAGCUCUACUCAUAUUUAUUUUUGCACAGUUUUGUGUCAGCACAGGCCUGAGACCCUGGAUUCAGUCUCACCUGAGCCAGAAGCUGUUUUACAAACUGUUGAACUCAGUGUUAGAUGUUUCAGUUUAUGCUUUCAUCAACAACAUGCCUCAGAGUGUUUGAGGAGUGAUGUCAGACUUACAGCAGCUUUUAGGAGGGGUUUAACUCCAAACAUCCAGCGGGUAGAUGGUAAUGUUCAGUCACGAUUUACUGUUCGUUACAGUUAUUGAAACAAUCAGAAUCAGAUUAAGAGGCUUUUACACUGGAUUUGGAUGAAAUGGGCCAAAGCAAGACUGUUGAGUCCUGUUUUGGUCUUUGCAGAGUCUGUUGAAGUCUUUUCUGGGUCUUUUAAGGUCUCUACAUUGUCUUGUUGAGGUUUUUGCAGGAUCUUAUUAUGGUCUUUGCAAGGUCUUGUUAAGGUCUUUGUACCAUUUUGUGGGAGUCCUCUGGGUUGCAUUAUGAAUGAUAUGAUUCAAUAUGAAUGAAGUGGGAUAUUUUCACAGAGUUUAGGAUAGGGCUGCAGCUACCGAAUUAUUUAGUUAUCAAUUCAGUUUAUUUAUAUAGCGCCAAUUCACAACACAUGUUGUCUCAAGGCACUUCACAAAAGUCAGGUACAAACAUUCCAAUUAAUCCUAACCAUUGAACAGUGCAGUCAGAGUUAGCU